CGAACCGGUAUCGAACUUGUCCCCAUCCCGCGCUACAGCAAAACAACGAAACCAACCCCGACAACCUAGACACAAACAUUCCCACCGAAAAACUUUUUCACACUCCCUGCUUCAAUAUUCAUCGUUCUUCUCACCUCUCGCGUGUUAUCCCCUACUGUUAUCAUCAGAAAUCAAUUCACGUAUUUAUCUCUUGUACUAUAAUCAAGAGUGAUGGCUCUGUGUUGGAUUUAGAUUUACUUAUUGUCCAAGGCUAGUCACUUCCUUGCGCCCGUAUUGGGGAUUUGUAAAAUUUGGUCCAAACAGCUGGUUGUCCAACUUUCUGCUCCAGAAAAAUCAGUCCGGAUCGUAGUUAGCCCCUUUGCUCUUCACUUUGUUCAAGGUGUCAUAUUUGGUCAUUAAGCUUCUUGUAUUUCUAGAGCAUGGAUUGGACGUGGCAUCGCGGCCGAUCUAUACGAGCUUUGACUAGUAGUUAUUCUCAUUUUGGCAAAGUUGUUGAAGAUUAUUAUCAUCUCGACCCCAUCAUUAAGAGGGCUGUGAUGAGAGCUUCUUCAAGCGUUGUCUCCAUUAUAACCCAAGCUGGAAAAGAAUUGCUGCAUAUUGGAUCUGGGACUAUAAUUGAAUAUGAUGAACAUUAUGGAUGUGCUACUGUCCUCACUUCUGCGUCUCUACUCCAAGCCCCUGGAGUUGCUGGGUUUCUACCUUCUGAUCUUAAGAGGGAUGCCCUUCCUCUCGGGAAUGUUUCCGUUCGCUCUCCCAGGCGCCAGAAUGUUGCCGCUACAGGCUCCGAUGACAGUGUCACCCUUCCAGACGCCGGUGCCUCAUCACCCUUCCAGCCACAGGUGGUCAGCGCCAUGGCCCCUGUUAAUCAGAUCGGUGCACUGAAUGUGGCCGGGCCAUCGCGCCCUCCCUUGCAAAGGGAAUCUGAGAACAUCACUCAGUUCCUGACCUGGUGGAAAGAUGAGGUGGACAAAGUCGAAGAAAUGGAUGACAAGACGGUUUUUUCUCUCUUGCUGAAUGGCCUGCAUGCCGGGAACUAUACAAAGAGUUCUUCCGGAGGCCCCUGCCACAUAUCAAGAGGCUUACCACACGGCCUGGGAUUCGCUGAAGCCGAAACCCAGGAUCCGGCAAAGAAGGAAGCAGAGCACGGCCACAAGCCCAAAGGCAAACUUUCCAGAAAGCUCAAAGGCAGUUGAUAUAAAUUCUUUCCCUUGUGUCAGGCUGUUGGUGAUGUGUAGUCAUCGGCCCAAAGUGGCCCACUUGUAGACAACUGAGAAUUAGGAGACCAGAUUAGGGUUUCGGCCGGCCCAAAUGGUUUUAAGCCCAGUUUGCUAUAACUUGUCCAGCAAGGGUUAAACCCUAAUUAGUUGUCUAUAUAUUUGAUCUCCUGUACUUGUAAUCAUCAUCACUCAAUAAUACAAACCCUAGUUGCCCCUGUGGAUGUAGGUCAGAUUAGACCGAACCACGUUAAAUCUCGUGUUCUCUAUUGCUUUCU